AUGAGUGUUCCAACAAGUACAAAAUCAACAUUUCCGGAAUGUUUUGGUUGUAAAUUAUCGAUCAAUGAUCCAUCAUUUCUGAGUGUUACACCUGGAAUUCAUUGGCAUGAUGAAUGUCUACGUUGUCGAAUAUGUAAACAAAAGCUCGAUGAACGUACAACGUGCUUUAUGGAUCGAUAUGAAUCAACAUUUCCGGAAUGUUUUGGUUGUAAAUUAUCGAUCAAUGAUCCAUCAUUUCUGAGUGUUACACCUGGAAUUCAUUGGCAUGAUGAAUGUCUACGUUGUCGAAUAUGUAAACAAAAGCUCGAUGAACGUACAACGUGCUUUAUGGAUCGAUAUGGUUUUCCGUAUUGUAAACAUGAUUAUCCAAGACGGUUGUAUUACCAAUGUUUUGCUUGUCAAAAAAAUCUAUUACGAAAUGAUUUAAUUCAACGCGCAAGAUCGAACAUGUAUCAUGUAGAUUGUUUUCGUUGCGAAGCAUGUCGAAAAUGUUUGCAAACUGGCGAUGAAUUCACAUUGAGCGGUGAUAAUCGUAUUUUAUGCCGGAGUGAUUUCGAUUCGUUAACAAACGAGAAAUUAAAAGUAUUUGAUUGUCCAAAAUUGCUAACUGCAGAGUCGGAAAAGCUCGCCAGCAAUCAUAAUACAAAUGGAAGUCCUGCUCGACAAACAUCUUUAUUACAAAAGAAGAAAGCAUCAAGAACAAGUACGAAUAAUAAGCUUAUUUCGUCGAUCGAUGAAAUAGAUUCGAAUGAUGAGCGACAUAAGUCAACGGAUGAUUCAUCAUCAUUAUCACCUAAUGGUUCGUCCUCACAACAGCUAAAUUCGAAUAAUAAUAACACCGCUGAACGAAGACCGCGCCGAGACAAACAGCAACGUGUGAGAACGGUUUUAACAGAAAAACAAUUACAUUUACUCAAAUCAUGCUAUGCAUACAAUGCCAGACCAGAUGCGUUAUUGAAAGAACAACUAGCUGAAAUGACCGAAUUAAGUCCACGAGUUAUUCGAGUUUGGUUUCAAAACAAACGAUGUAAAGAUAAAAAGAAAACGGCUGCUCAACAAGCUCGAUUUCCUGGUGAUCCAAAGCGUCAUCGUCUUGAUAUGCCACCGAUUCCACCAAUUGGCCCAAAUGGCGAAUCAUUUCUUCUUGGUCAUCCGAUGAGCGUUCUAUCACCCUGUAAUAGCCAAGGCGGUGGGCCAUCAGCUGUUAAUGGAAGUACAAAUAUGUAUGAAACUGGUCCGCUGUCGACGUUACAACCAAUUAAUUCCGUAAACACCAACGGCUCGUUUUUAAAUACACGAGAUGGAAUGAUGUAUUCAUUAACAUCAUCACCACCAUCGAAUAGUGAUGAUUCGUAUGUUAUGGGCCCACAUGGACCUUUGCAGACGAUGUCGUGUCCUAGUGAAUGGAUUGAACAUCAUCCACCUCUAGGAAAUGAAUAUCAACCACCUAUGCCUAUGUACCAUCCGGUUAAUCUUCAUGAUGAAGAGUUCGAAGAUCAAGAUAUGAUGAUGCCUAAUGAAGAUGAUAGUCUAGAUCAAACCAAUUCGGAUUUUAGUGAUGGUUAA